CGUAAUUAAUUAAAAAAUAAUGUUAACAUUUCAAACAGUUUAUGAUUAUUUACCAAUAUUUUUACGUAGUGAAAUAACAUGCUUACCAAAAUUAAUCAACAAAUACAUUUCAAAACAUUAUAAUAAUGCUUUAAGUAAUAGUGCCUUCUGGUUAAUUAUAAUAUGGAUUACAUUCCAUUUAGUGUUUCAUUUUUUAUUAAAUGCAUUACUAAAACGUAUGAAAAUUCGACAAUAUAGCCGUGAUCGUAUAAUAAGUUCAUUAUGGUAUUCAGGAUUUUAUGCAGGAUGCGUCUUUUACACGGGAGCUACUUUAUUUAAAAAUGAUAUUGAUCCUUUUAAUAAUUUUCGAAUGUAUACAUUAUUAAGUCAUAAUGAUUCAGUUAAAGGUCAUUAUGUGUUUGGAUAUAUUGUUUUAUUUUCAUUUUUUGUACAAAGUUUUGUAUGGGAGCUUUUUAGUCAUGAUAUCAGAAUCAAAACAAUCGAUUUCUUGUUUUUAUCGACAUUUUUAUUAUCAGCUUGGAUGUUAGGAAUUGUUGAAUUUGCACUAGCUUUGUUAUUAUCAAUCAGUUUAUGCCGAUUAUCCAUUGAAUUGACUCGAGUUUGCUCAGCUAUUACAAAAUUCAAAACAAAGUUUUCUUACAUGGUUUGGUGUCAAUUUAUAUUCUCCGUUUGUGUUGUAUUUGGUAUAUAUUUAAUGAUAUUACCACAUAAUUUUGUGGGUCCAGCUCUAAAUGUUUUUAUAUACAAUGAAAAAAAAUUAUGGACUAUUGUUAUGAAUACAUCCUUAGCUGCUUGGUACAUAACAGAUUUUUUUACUUCGCCAAUUUUUCGUAUUAUCAAUCAUUAUUUAACACACAAUGAAACUGAAGUUAAAACAAACAAAUGUGCUGGACCAUUUUUAGAAUGUAUUUUAUUUGCACCACGCAACGAUAUGGCUUUCCAUUUACAUCGAGCCUAUAGUAAUCUACAAGAACACACACUCAGACACUACAAUACCAUACAUAAUCAGAAGCGGCAGAAUGAAUCCAAAUUAACGCUAAUGCAGACCAUUAAAUGUAUGGUUGCUGUUCAAAGAAAAGUGAAAAAACAAAGAGAACGUAAACGUUUGGAACAAGAACAAUUAUUGAAUUCUAAACCAAAUGAAACUACUGAAAGCUUAAAUGGAAUAAUUGAAAAUUUGAAUGAAAUGAAUGAAAAUUUAAUUGAAAUGCCUGCAAAAUCAAAUGAAAUAAAUGAAAAUUCGGAUGCAACUUAUGAUAAAAAAAAUAAUUAAAUUCUGAGAGAUACGCCUUUUCUCCUAUUUGUGAUAUUUCAAAUCUAGUCAGCCACAAUAUUUUUAUC